GUGCUAAAAUUAACUGUUCUAAAGGCCUGCUAAGAUAUACUCAACUCAUCUCAAGCAUUUUUGUCCUUUAAGAAAGUGGUCACAAGUCUUUUGACACCCAGAGGCUUGGUAUUGUCUCUGAUGCAACCUCAUCUCAGCUGCUAUGUCAUAACAAAACGCCAUAAGCAUUGUUUCGCCCUUUUUAAGCAGUAUAUAGCAUAUUUCCAGUUCCCCCACAAUCGUCUGUAAUAUCUAAAUCAUCAAAUAUCACAGCAUGGCAGACUCACACAUCCCAUCCGUUCCUCCACCAUGGACCCUUAAAGGCGACAUCUACGCCUUCAUAUUCUGGACGUCUCCCUCACAAGCCAAAGAAGGUCUUCCUGCCAUGGCUUACUCUCCUCUUGAAGGACAAUCUGACUUUGCUAAAGAUCAGAAAGCUCUUGGAGGUCUGAGUAUGUUGCAGCUUAUUCGCUAUACGGACUCUCCCGUUGGACCCUACGAUGAACUUAUUCUCGCGCCGGGGACUUUUGGGUAUGAGAAGGAGGAUGAGAAUGGGAGGAGAGUGAAAGGGAAAGGUGUUAAGAUUACGAGGAUUUAUGUUUCUCAUAAACAUACGUGCUACAACGGUAGAAAGAACUGGAACGUCCCCAAACACCUCGCCAAGUUCGACUGGACUGAUAACUCAAACGGCUCUAUAACUGCCAAAGUAUAUCCUCACGAUACAUUGCCCACAGACUCAGCUGGCUCUGAGUCAGCCUCACCAGAUCACACUCCAUUCUUCCAGGCCACCUUUAAGCCCAUUCGCUAUGCGCCCUCAUUUCCCUUCCGAACUUCAUGGAUCAACUAUUUGGGCUUCGACACCACCUUGGUCUUUCCUCCUCUCCCUGAAGGCGCUGGGAGCCAGGGCGAGCUGCCUGGUACUGACCAAUGGUGCUCUGUCGUUCCGCAGCAGUCUACGUCCAAGUGUAUGUUGGGCUGGUUUGACGUUGAGCAGCAUCGUGAUGAGGAGGGGAAGUUAACGGGUGAGUUUGAGAACUUCUGGCUUGGUUGGUCCAAGUGGCAGAUUGGAAUCAAGAUGGAGAACUCUGUUAUCGAGUUUGAUCAUCCAGAGACGUGGGAGCCUCCGAGAACGAGACUAUAAGCAACAUUAAUAGUUCACAGUUUGCUUAUAUGGAUCUGAAAGUCAACUCGGCCAUCAAGAAAUCUCUGUUCGAGACCUAUGCGCUAGGAGAGAGUCAUGCAGGUUACUAUAUACGUAAGUAAGCAAAUGCCUCUUUACCA